AGGAGUAGGAGGAGGAGGAGUUGUUGGGUGUUGCCUCUAUUCUGUCUCCGAGCUAAAGUCAGGAGGAUUUCUAUUUGAGACCCAGCCGUGUUCACCUGGCCUCCGUUACUCACCUCCGUCCCGUUAAGUCCGUUCUCCGUUAGCCGCCUCCAUCUAACCUACCGCCAUGGGAGUCGAAGGCUGCACCAAAUGCAUCAAGUACAUGCUCUUCUUCUUCAACUUCAUCUUCUGGCUUGCAGGAGGUGUAAUCCUGGGAGUGGCCUUGUGGCUGAGACACGAUAACAAGACCAGCAGCCUCCUUGAUCUCCAGUAUGAAGGAACCCAGGCCCCCAACACCUUCUACAUCAGUGUCCACAUCUUGAUCGCAGUCGGCGCAGUGAUGAUGGUCGUUGGUUUCCUCGGGUGCUACGGUGCCAUUCAGGAGUCUCAGUGUCUUUUGGGAACUUUCUUCGCCUGCCUGGUCAUCCUGUUCGCCUGUGAAGUUGCCGCUGGAAUCUGGGGCUUCAUGCACAAAGACACUGUGUCAAAGGAGAUGAUAAACUUCUACGACUCUAUCUAUGACAAGGCUGCCAAACCAGACUUCGUUAACGAUGAGAAGAAGCAAACCACUGUCUCUGUGCUGCAGGUCUUCCAUGAGACGCUGAGCUGCUGUGGUAAAGGUGGGGUGGAUAAAAUGUUUACCUUCUUGACCGACGCAGCUGGACUAACCAAUGUCUGCCCGGACUCUUUUAAGACCAUUAGCUGCCAUGAUAGGAUCAAGGAGUUGUUCUCAGAUAGGAUUUACCUGAUCGGUAUUGCCGCUCUGGUAAUCGCAGUUAUUAUGAUCUUCGAGAUGAUCUUCAGCAUGGUGCUGUGCUGCGGGAUCCGCAACAGCCCGGUCUACUAAAGCCACAGGCUGCCAGCGUUCCCUCCAAUAAAGGAAGGACGAGCUAGCAGUUUCUUUCUCGUUCUUUUUUUUUUUGUUGUUGUUGUUUUUUUGUCUUUUUUAAGCAGGAAACCUCACAUAUAUUGCUUGCUGGAUUUAGUCAGCUCUUUGAGAAGAAAAUCAUCCUCCCUUGAGAUUUUUUUUUUGUUACACUGUCAAAGAUUUUUUUGUUAGUCACAGAUGCUGUUUUAUGCAUAUUUGACCAGUGCUACCAUCCUAACCUGAUAUGUAGAUAUUAUAUCACACUGUCACACAUGAAUUACCUUAUGCAGCCAAGUCCAGCCGCUGCUAUAAUCCUUUAGUGAUUAAUUAGUUGUUUACUGCUUCCUUGCCUAUAAACAUGCUCUUAUAUUCUUGGUUUUAUGGAUGUUUUUUCACUGUUUUAUGUAUAAACUGUAUAUAAAUAUAUAUAUUAACAGUGCUUUAUGACUGCCUGAGCAUGGAUAUUGUAUUACAGUAGAUCCUGUAUUCUUCCUGCACUCUCUCCGCUCGAUUGCCUUGCCCUAGACUGAACCAGACAAUGGUUCUACAUGUACGGCACUAGCGUAACACUAGUGUGGACCCUCCCCCUUCCUAGAAGACCAUUGUCUCCGUUCACAUCCACGUAGCUGUGCGAUGUCUGCAGGAACUGACUAAAGAAGGAAUGUCAGUUCAUCUUGAUACCUGGAACCAAAAGUGGCCUGAUGUGUGUCAUUUUGGCUCCAUGAGGUGAUUCGUUCAUCUGUGUUUAGCCGUUAGCUGUUCAUCAAAAGUUGUCAGCGUGCGCAGUUGCAUAAAGCAGCUUAUGUUUCCCUCAGAUAAAACUUUGAUGUGCAUAAUCUUGCGACUCAAAUUUGGUCUGUUCCUCCUGACAUCUAGAACCCUUCCAAAAAACAAAACCAACAAGAGCAGCACUGUAACGGAGGCCCCACGACUUCCUCUCAAAAAGAAGUAUUGAUAAGCUUUGUCUUGUAACUGUACACUCAUCUCUACAGUAUUAUCGCCUACCUUAUCAGAGUAAAACAUGUGUGGUUGCAAUGAAACUUAAAGCCAUUUUACUGUGUCAAAGGUGUUUUUGUCGCCCCCGGUUGCUCAGCUCUUGAGAAAAUUGUGAACCUUCCACUUUGUUCGGUUUCUCUAAAUCUGGGUUGCCAUGUCUGGUUAGGUCUAGAUCUGCCACAUCUGACCUGGUUGUGUCAUUUUACUGUCCCUCCAGCUUCACAGCCUACUAACCCCACCCUCGUUGUUAUCCAUUCAUGUAUUAACUGCUCCCCAGCAUAGGACAAAAAAAAAAAAGUCUGCGGUUCAGGGCCACUUGGUUCUUGCCUACUUUGUUUAGCUUUGACCCUGUAUGCACUCCCAGAACCAAUCAAGCUAGUGUUUUUUUGUGUGGACAUACAGGACUUAGAUGGACAUUAUAUCAUGAAUAACUGUGCAAAUGAUCAAACUUUGUGGGAGAUGGAUGGAGGCCUUCAUAUUUGGAUAAUACUCUUAUCCGCAAAGGUCAUGUCUAAAUUAAACUCAUUAAAGCCUCAGAUUUUUGUGUUCCAAAUUAACAAAUUGGGUUAAAAAAAAAGACUUUUUUCUUUCUAGAUUUAGCAACUUCUUAGAUUAUUCUGCCAGAAACUCCUGGAGGUGAUUUACUUUGCAUUUGAGAGCAAUCAUUCAUGAUGUCACGCCCCCAUCUACCCUCCCUUAAAGUCUGUUUGUGACCGUAUUUACACCAGUAGAGGGCAGCGCAGUCACAUUAACCUCUUCAGUGCUUGCUAACAGAUCAGCCUUAAUGAGUCCUCACUGAAUUCAGCCAAUCAGAAAUGUUUAGUGCGGUGUAUUUUUUUUUUCCCUACUUCCACCACAUUGGCUUGAAAAUGUGUUCUCCUGAGGUCAGUUCCUACUAGAUCCAGCUGACACUAAUGUAUUAACUGCACUGCACUCUCACUACAAACACACACACACUUUUAACAAACAUGCCAUCUUGUGUAACCUGCCAUAUUAUCACAGCUUUUUGUCAAGCCAACUAAAACCUUUGUCUUGUUAGUGUCCUUCUUAAACUGAGAAAAGUGUCUUGUAAUAUUUACAGCUCUGAAAUAUUGUACUAAUGGAAAUCAUGAAGGCUGUAGAAAGACAAUGUAUGCCUUUUUCUCUUUGUAUUGUGAUAUCUUUGUCUGGUACGUCGUUAAAGGAGUCUGGACAGAAAGGGUGGGAGAUUUUGUGGCAGUGUCCACUGAGAACGAGUACAAGCUUCAAUACAUUGGCAAGCUUCUCCCCUUUAUAAACAGCUAAAUAAAUAGAUAAAAUAACAUUGACAGUACACAUUAGUGCAGUGUUACCCAAUGUCAGGAGCACCAGCUGUGCUUCUCUGACAGUAUUUGUCCACGCUGCUGCCUUUGCAAUUUGAUGAUUUAACACUCAGAUUCCACUGCCACUUAAAUCUCAACUCUACCUGCUCUUGUAGACUUUGGUUUGCCCAAGUAUGAAGGGAUUAAAUGUAUUUUACAAAUAAA